CUGUCAUUGAGGAAAGGGGGUGUGUUAACCCUGGUCACAAUGUAGCGAUGUUGUGGCGGGUUUUCUCGGUUGCCAUGGAUUUGUAAAAGCUAUUGACUGCGUUCGGUCUUUCACUAAACGUAUUGAUAAGAGAAACGCACCACUGAAGGGAAAGCAUCAUCGCUCGAGACAUUCCGGCGUUGCGCGCUGACUAACAGCUCGAGCUCUGCGCACUUCGCACGCAAACUACUGCGAAAGGUAGUGCGACCCCAAACUGUGCUGGCGUGAGAUGCACUGACUCUUGGCAAACUGCAGCAUUCCCUGUCAUCAUCCGCUCUUAUUCGAGGCUUUGGCCAGUCAUGAGGUUGCUAUGGAAAAUCCUCCUCCUUUUGGGUGCUUGCCUUAAUAUGAGCAUCAGGUAUCAGAGUAAUGCCCUGGAUAUUCCACUUGAAGUUUUAGCACGCGUGAACAUGGAGCAGCUGCCCACAAUUACAGAGCACUCACCUGCCUCUCUGAUCGCCUUCCCUUUCGAAGAGAGCUUCCCUGUGAAGUGUGAGGCCACAGGAAACCCUGGACCAGAAUUCAGGUGGACAAAGAAUGGUCAAGACUUUGAUCCAUAUCAGGACCCCAGAUUGAUAACAUUAGAUGAUUCCGGAACAUUCAUCAUUCCCAAUAAUGGGAAUGUCACAGAAUUCCAGGGCAAUUAUCGCUGCUUUGCAACCAACAAGUUAGGAACGGCAAUGUCGGAAGAGAUUGAAUUCAUUGUUCCGAAUAUUCCAAAGUUCCCUAAAGAGAUCAUCGAUCCGAUUGAGGUUAUGGAAGGUCAGUCAGUCAUUCUGGAGUGCAACCCACCCAAAGGAAUCCCCCCACUGCAGAUCUACUGGAUGACGAUGAGUCUACAGCACAUCGAGCAGGACGAAAGAGUAUCAAUGGGUCUCAACGGGAACCUGUACUUCUCAAAUGCCAUUGAGACCGACAGUCGUAGAGAUUACUGCUGCUUUGCUGCCUUCCCACGCAUUCGAACCAUCGUUCAGAAAACUGCCAUGUCUGUUGUGGUCAAAAGCAACAAGUUAAUGAAGGACUCAGACUCUGGUAGCAGCAGAGGCUAUGCAAACUCUCUCUUGGAGAGGAAGCCCAGUCUACUGACGCCCACAGGAAAGGAGUCUCAUACAUAUCUGGUGAAAGACAAAGAUCUUCAGUUGGAGUGUAUUGCAGAGGGCUUCCCCACACCAAAGGUUGAGUGGGUAAAAAUAGGUUCCCACAAGCUUCCGGAAAGGGCCGUGGUGGAGAGUCAUGGGAAGUUGCUUACUAUUGAGAUGGUGAAUGAGGAGGAUGAAGGGACAUAUAUGUGUGAAGCCAAAAAUCCCCAUGGAGAGGUUGUGCAUUAUUUCCAUGUUUCAGUAGAGGAGCCUCCUGAGUUCGAGAUUGAACCUCAAAGCCAGUUGGUGACGAUUGGAGCUGAUGUGGUGAUCAGGUGUGUUGUGAAAGCAAAUCCUCAACCUAGUGUUGUAUGGAGGGUCAACGGCCGACUGCUGAAUGAGGUCCCAACAUCCAAUAGGAAGGUCUUAAAAGAUGGCACCAUUUCCAUCCACAACGCAAAGCCCGAAAACAGUGCUGUUUACCAGUGUGAGGCCACAAACAGACACGGAACCAUCCUAGUCAAUGCCAACAUCAUGAUUAUGAACAUCCAGCCCCUGAUCUUAACAGAAAACAAUCUGCAAUAUAUGGCAGUGGAUGGGAAAGGUGUGGUCAUGCACUGUAAGGUAUUCAGCUCACCAGCAUCCAGUAUUACAUGGAGUAAAACUGACAGUGCCAAUUCAGUGGAAGGAGAAAGGUUUUCUGUUUAUAAGAAUGGUUCGCUGGAGAUCCACAAGGUGAUGAAAGAGGACAUGGGGGAGUAUUCUUGUUUUGCUCAAAACACGGAGGGCAAAGUUACCAUUGCUGCAACACUUGAAGUCAAAGAUCCCACCAGAAUAAUCGAUCCUCCGCACGAUUUGAGGGUUUUGGCCGGAACUACUAUCCAGUUUUCAUGCCAGGCAGAGUUCGAUCCCUCCACUGGUGAUGACUUUGAGAUCCUCUGGGAAAAAGAUGGCAUGGCCCUCAACGGCAGUGAGAACGCGCGAUAUAUCCUAGACGAAGGAGUGCUUAAAAUCAUUAAUGUGAGCUUUGGAGACCAGGGCUUUUAUGUCUGUGUGGCCAGAACACCAGUCGACCAGGACAUGGCAGUUGCACAGCUUUCAGUUGUGGAUGUUCCUGAUCCUCCAGAGGAUGUGAUCCUUUCCGAACAUAAUGGCAGAAGUGUGAAACUACAAUGGAUUCCAGGAGAUGACCAUAACAGCUCCAUUACUAAGUUUGUUAUAGAGUUUGAGGAAAGCCAACAUGAGCCGGGCAUCUGGAGGGAGAUGAUGAGAGUGCCGGGAAACCACCACUUCGCUCUCCUGAAUCUUAAUGGACUCAUAGACUACCGAUUUAGAGUCUCCGCCACCAAUGAUGUGGGAAGAGGUCGGCCAAGCCAAGCCACUGAAAGAUACAAAACUCCAGCAUCAGCACCCGACAAAAACCCAGAAAAUAUCAAGAUCGAAGGUCAUUUGCCACAUGAAAUGGAUCUCAACUGGGAGCCACUGUCACCUAUUGAACACAACGGGCCUGGUCUGGAGUACAAAGUAAGCUACAGAAGACAAGGCACUGGAGAGGACUGGACAGAGCACAUGGUGAAGAGGCACUCGUUCAUUGUUAAAAACACCCCAACGUUCGUCCUUUACGAGAUAAAAAUCCAGGCCAAGAACCAUGCAGGAUGGGGUCCGGAUCCUAAAAUAAUAACAGCGUACUCAGGAGAGGAUUUCCCCUCAGCGGCUCCAGAGGAUGUAGCCGUAGAAGUGAUGAACAACAACACCAUGGUGGAGGUCAGAUGGGACCAUGUUCACAAGGACAAACUCAAUGGACAUCUGGGGGGCUACAGGGUAAUUCCGCACCAACAUGUUCUGCUGGGCUCAAAGAAAACACAUGGUGACAAACACACAUUGACAUUCUCAGGCGAGAGGAACCAUGCGGUGGUCACAGGGCUUAAGCCGUUCUCUGAAUACAGCCUCAUUGUCAUGGCCUUUAACAGCAGAGGAAACGGACCUGGCAGUCAUCCGGUCAGCUUCAAAACACCUGAGGGAGUUCCUGGUCAAGUGUCUGCUCUCAGUGUUACAAACAUCCAAAAUCAUGAGGUCACUUUGACCUGGUCUCCUCCAGUUGAUGCAAAUGGAGUCAUAACUGGCUACAUCUUCCAGUAUCAGCUAAUAAAUGACACAGAGGAACCAGGUUCUCUGACUACCCUCAACAUCACUGCUGACAGCAGUAAGCUGCACCUCCAGGAUCUGGAAGCACUGAGCAAAUAUAAGUUUUACCUACGGUGUUGCACGCGGAUGGGGUGCGGACCAGCUGCCAGCGAGGAGUGCACCACAGUCACUGAAGCGACCUCAACAGAUGUGGCCUCUUUCAACAUCAGAAAAUCCGGCUCACAAUUUCCUCCAAGAAAAACUACUGUUACCCCUGUGGCUAAUGUUACUCUUUCUUCCAUAGGUCUGGCCAGCAUUCAUGGAGGCAACUCCAACCAGGCCUGGUUCAUCGUGCUCAUGUGUGCCAUAGCUCUCCUCAACCUUAUAGUGCUCAUAGCAUGCUUUGUGAACCGAAAUAAAGGUGGAAAGUACUCAGUGAAAGAGAAAGAAGACCUGCACCCCGACUUGGAGUCCCAGGGCAUAAAUGAUGAUACCUUCUGUGAAUACAGUGAUAAUGAUGAGAAACCACUGAAAAGCAGCCAGCAUUCGUUGAAUUGUGACUUGAAAGGAGGGGACAGCGGAGACAGCAUGGUGGAGUACGGCGACGAGGAUGCUCACUUCAACGAGGACGGCUCUUUUAUCGGAGAAUACUCUGGACGCAAGGAGAGGGUCUCCAUGGAAAUCAAGGGAAACAAUCAGAGUACAGCAUAAUGGACCAAGGACAAUUUAUUUUGUUGGACAAGCUCACACAAAAGGUCAAUGAAAAGAAACAGAAGGAAAAAAGUGCAACAUAAUGGCACCUGAAGGACAUUUUUGCAAUUAAUGUGUUAUUGUCAAACUCUCAGUCAUACUCAUUUUACAAAGCGUAGUUUUUUUUUUGCGCACUGUAACUGAUCAAUCAUGUCAGUUGUGUAUACUUUUGUGGGGUGUUUUUGUAUUAAAUCUUUGAAAAUCAUUGGUGACCUUGGAGCUACCAGAAAGUUUGCUUUUUUUUUUUUUUUUUGUAAAUGCAAACUCUGUACACCGUUUUUGCUUUCUUCGUGUCAUCAUGUAGCCAAGCAAGUUUUAUGUCAGGGUAUGAACUUUGUAUUUUUAUUUUUUCGUUGGAAGUAAAUAUUAUUGACAUUUUAUAUUUCAGAUACUGUAUACUGUGCAUUCAUUAAAUGUGGGUUAUUAUGUGUACAAAGGAGUUGUUGGUUAAAUAAUCAUAAUUUCUGUUGAAUUCCAAAAAGCAUAAGGCAACAUUAAGGGUUGACACAAUUAAUCACAUGCUUUGUUGAACAUUUUGCAUUGAACUGAUUAUUAUUAACGGUUCAUGCUAUAUUAACAAGCUGCAUAGCUAUAUUCACUACCACAUUAACCCUACAGUGAGUCUGCUGCUCUUAACCCAUUAGGCAUAAAUCAGUAUAUCAUCAAAUAGGCACACACUCAAUGUUUAUAUGUAAAAAAAAAUAUACGCCUCUUUUGCCUUAGAAUGACCUUGAUGUUCUGGUAUGACGUAAUGAAUCACAUUCUCAUGGAUUCCGUGAAACAGGGUUGGAAUUCAUUAAAUUUUAUGAAAUAGUUGUAUCCAUAAGUGGACAAUUCAGAAACAACACAAUUUUCCUCCAGGAAAUGCAUUUUUAUUUGUUUUUGGAAUGGCUCCACAUAGAGUCAAACCCAGAUUCUGUACAAUGUUUCUGUAAAUUCUGUUUGCAUGUUGAAUGAGGUUUGUGUGCAGAUUUGACAUUAAAUUGUAUCAUUUUCUUCA